AGACGGCGACAGCUCUACUCUUGUAGCUAAAUAUCCCUUGCUGAUCGGAGAGAUCAGGAUGAUAUUUCUGAAUCUCAUUUGCUACAGUUUGGCUGUGGCUGUGGCGGCAGGUGGCUUGGUCAAAGUUAAAGAUCACGACUUGAAUGAGUAUCGAUUGGCUCCCAAACGGUAUCAUCGGAAGAUCCGUUCAAGCAAAGAAGGAAUCGAGUUGCCAUUUGCUGGAGAACAACAACCUUUCGUUCAACAACCUGACGAGCACUCUACUCUUCACCCAGGCACAACUGCAGAUGAGCCCGUCAAUUCGGUCGCGCCCAACACUUCCUUCCUGCUGGAACUGCCCUACCCUUCGCACUUCCUCGUCUCGCUGCAGAUGCUUAACCUUUCACUUCCUUUCAUCGAAACCGGAAUCGCAGUUCCAGAGGACCCGCCCACACCAGAAUUCGAUCUGAAUCAAGUGUUGAAAAAUCGACAAUACCAAUCGCCGACGAGACCGGAAGAAAAUCAAGGCGAAGCUCCGGCUUCUCUUGCAGAUCAAGGAGACGGAAGUGGAGGAGGGAGGCGGGCAAUUAACCGGAAAAGACAUCGAACUCCAGUCCGGCGUUUACCCAAACGAUCCGCCGAUGUCGCCAGUGCAAAUACAAUUGGCAAACCCGUCAAAUUCCGGAGUUGGAACGCUUCGAAUCCUUCGUCUGUUCAGCGACGUCAGGAGUUCACAAGCAAGUUGAGAUCCACAACAACUCCGAGGCCGACGUUCAUUAAAAAGUUCCAGGCGAAGCAACUGAAUCAAAGGGUCAACACAACAACUAAAUCUAAUAGUCAUAAACGUCCGCCGCGCCCAUCGCCCGUCAAUGAAUACAAAACCAAAGACCUGCCAGUGACGACUUCUCUGCUGGAACAAAGCUUCGCUACCCCCGAUCAACGAGAAUCAUCUAAUUUCAAUCGCCCGAGUGUUAGUGGAACGUCUGAUCGCUUUGUGAUCCAUCCAGCUGACCAUCCAGCGCAGAAAAUUCGAAUGGGAGGAUUCCGACCCAUUCAGCCCAGUAAGCCGUCUCUCAGUCCAAAUAGACUUGGUCCAUCAGCUUCUUCUGAUAGAUUCACUCGUUUAAAUUUACGCGAGAAAUCGAUAAAUGGUCAUUCCGAUCAAUUUAUUCCAAUUAUUCCUAUAACACGCGACACUACGACAUCAGCCACGACAGAAACAGUUGAAGUUCGCUUCGAUUUUCCUCCUCCUUCACGGCUUCGCUUCAUCUCUUCAUCGUCGACGACUUCUAAUCCUUUACCAAAACCAGGACGCCUAACCAAGUACAUCUCCCAGUUUCAUUCUUCUCCAUCGCUGAAAGCCCCCAGUGAGGAAAUUACCCAAAUUCAAAAGCCAGAAACAACUGCAAAUAAUGAAGCUGGUAGAGACAAAGUUGCACCUGAUAGUAGCAGUAACGAAUUCCUCGUUUUUGCCACUACGACCACGACCCCAACGACGGAAUUCGUUCCCAAUUUGAAAUUCCCUUCUUUUGAAUUGCCGUCCGUCGAUGGAUCGUCAAGCCCCACGACUCUUCCUCCGCCACUUUCCAUUGAGGAAUUGAUUAAAAAAUUCACUGGCAAAGAUUUCGUGACCGAUUCAACAUCUGAUAGUUCGACUCCCAGUCCGCCUCAGCAUCCUUCCCCGAUUGAACCUAAGAAUACAAGUAGCACAACAACGACCGUCAAAUCGACUCUAUCAACUCCGGAAUUGGAAUCGCUGGACGACCUGGAGGCUAGUCUGAAGCAACUGUUGGUGAUCACGACAUCGACGUCGACUCAAAUUCCCAGCAGCAGCCAAUCUUUUAUUCCUAUAGAUGCCCCGACAACAUCUUCGCCGUCGACUAGCACGCCAAGCGGAACAUCCAGUUUCACGCUGCCCGUUCUUCCGCCGCCCAGCGUGAGCCCCGUCACGGAGAAAACCGUAUUCCCGCAACAAGAAACUACCACCGUCCAAACCACUACAACUAAAGAGACACUGUUUCCAUCCGAAUCGGAAAUUAACAAAUCAGCUCCCCAUCCGUCGACUGUUGUUAAUUCGUCAAUUCAAUUGGAGACAUCAACUCAACCCGUUUCCGUCCAGCGAGGGCCACUUGACGUUUCGUCUUUUGAUGGUCCUUACAAUUCAGGAGCUGGCCAGAAUCAAGGAUUCAAUUUCCAACCGUCAGGUUACCCACAGCAACAACAGCAACAGUUCCAGUCGAACAACAAUUUCGGCGGGUUCUCCGGAGGUUUCGGUGGUGGUAGUAGCGGAGAUCUGAUAGGUGGGCAGCAGAAUCCUUACUACUACGGUGCUGGAUUGUUUACGGGCUCGUCCGGAGGACAAGGUCAGUUUUCGAAUAACUUCCAAAAUGGGUUUGAUGGGACACUACAUUAUAGCCCGACUGGGCCACCUGUGGGUGAAUCGAACGCCAUCACUCAAGGAUUAUCCCUUUUAGCAAGCUUCGGCGGAUCGGGAGGCGGCCAGCAAUUCAACUUCCAACCGUCUUCGAGCAAUUAUCAACAGCCGUCAGGUUAUCAGCAGUCGUUCAACGACUUUGCCCAUCCGGCAUCUCUUCAGGCGUCUUCGCAGAUCCAGUCCACUUCGAGUUUACCUUCCCAAGGAUUCUCUUCCUAUUCCCAAGGAUAUCCUUCUUUUAACCUUGUCCAGCAACAACCUCAAUCCUAUGCCCAGCAGCCCUAUCAACUUUCCCAGCAACCACAAAAUUUCCCGUCUCAACAACAACAGCAGCAACAAGUUUACGCACCGACCCAACAGCAAUCUUACCAGUUGGUAGGUGCCAACCCUGGAUCUGGAAAUUUGAUUCCAGUUCAGGUGAUUCAAUUCCAACCGCAAGGUGCUUAUCAGUCAUCCGCUGGAUCCGCACCCGCACCAGAAAAUUCUGGUUCAACCCAAGUGACCAUCAACCCGUCACAAUUUGGCACACUUUUGUCUUCUUCUGUCGAUGCUUCCGGUCUUCCGGCCGGAACAGCAUCGAUUACAAGUUUGUCUUCUUCCAGUACAGGUACUGGUAGUAGUAGUAGCGGAACGAAUAAUGUUCCGGCUGCCAAAGAGAAAUCGAUCGAUUCGGCCUCUUCGCAACUGGUUGAGGUCCAUUUGAAACCAGUUUUGCAUUCCAUAUUUGCGGAUCAGGAAGCGGAAUCUUCUCAAUCUGUACAGCUAAUUUCUGUUGGGCCCGAGACCGAUAAGUUCGGUCCGGUCACCGACUCGUUGAAAACCGGAGCGAGGAAAUCUUUGUACAACCGAGGACUCCAAUCGGGUUAUUAUCCUUAAUUCAAUCAAUGUCAUCAUGUCAUUUUUUAUACAUAGUUCAUCAUACACCGAUAUUACUACGUACUUAUAGUUUGGUGGUUGCGAAUAAACGAUAUAGUCAACUA